AUGAAGUCAAAUAGUGUCGAAUUUCAAAGCUAUAUGAUUGAAUGUGCGAGCUCGUUAGGUCAAGAAUUGGAACAUCCGACGGGCGCAUUGCUUCUACCACUAGUCCAGCUUCAAAACAUGGCCGAUGUCAAUUAUCGCAAUCUUUCAACUGUUGAUAACACUAUACGUAACCACAUGAAUGGCCUAGAUAUUGAAAUGAAGGUUCAAUCCUUUCAAGCCGAAUUCAAGCGGUGGAAGGAUUCGCUUCCAAUCGUAUGUCAGCAACCAAACGGGAUGAACCUAGCUUGCGAGGUUGCUUCCAUGCAUGUCUACGAGAUGGAUCUCGUCAAUAUUUGUGCCCCGAAAAAGCGACAAACGACGAAUCCUUGCAAACAUUUAACAAGCUCAUCUUUUACUUCUCAGAUUCGCCUGGAAGUGCUGUUUCUCGGUUUGAAAUCGGCGGGGCAGCUUGCUCAGAAUUUCCUCUCCAUCCCAAUAUCUGAAUACGGCAGUCUGUCUUACAUACAGUGGUCUAGCAUCAUAUAUGCUAUCACCAUCAUUUAUAGACUGACAGUCGGGAUUCCCCAGCUUCGUGACUGGGAUAUUCGAGUUGCGCGAAGGACAAUUGACUUUGAGUGUGUUCUAGACGCAUUCUGCAGUCGCUUCAACAGUGUAUCGCUUUGUGGUCGCGACUUAUUGGAGAAUGGAGACUUAUUCUCGAUGAUGGGGUCAAUCUUUGAAAACAUCAAGCAGACCUACGACAGGGUCAAGCAGUUGCCGCAGAAUGAUAGUGCAGACGACAACAGCCCAGUUCAUGCCACUAGCUUUCCGCCCUCUACGCUCGAAUAG